AUGGUGGCUUUGGUUUCCCAAGACAAAAACGUUGUUGCAUUGGUUUCUCGUACAGGCAGAGAGUUACAACGCUACAGAAAAGGUCGUCGCCAAGUCGUGGGAUGCAUACCAUACAGAUACAAAAUUGUUGAUCAAACUUCGUUGGAGGGAACAGAAGAUUUAGAAGUUUUGGUUAUCACUUCUCAGAAAGGCAAAGGGAUGCUAUUUCCUAAGGGAGGGUGGGAGAUGGACGAAUCCAAAAAGGAGGCAGCUUUGAGAGAAACCAUAGAGGAAGCAGGAGUUAUAGGCACUGUUGAGGGGAAACUGGGUAAGUGGAGUUUCAAGAGCAAGACUCAUGAUACAUUUUAUGAGGGCUACAUGUUCCCUCUACUAGUCCAAGAGCAAUUGGAGUUUUGGCCGGAACAGAAUUUUCGUCAAAGAACAUGGAUGAGCGUUUCUGAAGCAAGGGAAGUUUGUCAACACUGGUGGAUGAAAGAAGCUCUAGAGAGACUAGUAAACCGUCUCACGGCUAGGAAACUUGGUCGUGUGAGACAGAUAGUAGGUUCUAUACACUGCAUAGGAGAUGGCAAUUCUGACUUGUAA